GUUGCUUUGGGUCUUUUUUGUUUAUAUUAAAUCUUUUAAGCUUUCUUCUGCAGAGAUUCUUGGACUUGGACUCCACAAUAAAAGAAACAAAAAGGUUUUGGUGUGCCAGCUUGCAGCUUUCUAUUCUCUCUGUUUUGAUAUCCAGAGGUUGGCUGGGAAGAUCUCCCUUUUUUGAAUGUAUUUGAAGAUUUGAGAUUGUAACCUUGUUGAAAGGCUUGGAUUCUUACGGUUUCCAUUGACUUUUUUGUAAAAGGAUAGUCAAAAUCUUUGAUACGCAAAUGGCUAUAAAGAAGAAUGGAUUGAUUCCAAGUUCUGCACCAGAAGAACUGAAGAAUGUUUUGAAAGCGGUAGCAUCCGAAUGGGGAGAUAAGAUCCAAGAUAUGGAAGAAUUCCUUGUGAUCCCACUGAAGGGAGCUAUGACUAACGAGGUUUUUCAGAUAAACUGGCCGACAAUAUAUGAUGAUCUUCAUCAGAAGGUGUUGGUCAGGAUUUAUGGUGAAGGAGUGGAAUUGUUUUUCAAUAGAGAUGAUGAGAUUAGGACCUUUGAGUGCAUGUCCAAGCAUGGUCAGGGACCGAGGCUACUUGGGCGGUUUCCUGAUGGGAGGAUUGAGGAAUUCAUCCAUGCCAGGACACUCUCUGCUGCUGACCUCCGUGACCCUGAAAUAUCUGUUCUGAUAGCAGCUAAAUUGAGAGAGUUCCACAAUCUGGACAUGCCUGGUCCAAAGGAUGUGCUUCUCUGGAAGCGAUUGAGGACCUGGCUUGGUCAUGCAAAGAAAUUCUGUUCGCCAAAAGAUGUAAAAGACUUUUGCUUGAAUGUUCUAGGCGAUGAAAUCAACGUACUAGAGAAAGAGUUAGCAAAGGACCAUCAAGAAAUUGGAUUUUGUCACAACGAUUUACAAUAUGGUAACAUAAUGAUGGAUGAAGAGACAAGAGCAAUCACCCUAAUCGAUUAUGAGUAUGCAAGUUACAAUCCAGUAGCUUAUGAUCUUGCAAAUCACUUUUGUGAGCUGGCAGCAAAUUAUCAUACUGAGACUCCCCAUCUUUUGGACUACAUUAUAUACCCUGAUAUGGAGGAGCGCUGGAGAUUCAUCUGUGCAUAUCUCAGAUCUUCAGGUAACGAACCCAGUGAUGCUGAAGUGGAGCAGCUACUUAUCGAUGCAGAGAAAUACACUCUUGCUAAUAAUCUGUUUUGGGGCUUAUGGGGAAUUAUCUCGGGUCAUGUAAACAAGAUAGACUUUGAUUACCUGGAGUAUGCAAGGCAGAGAUUUCAGCAGUACUGGUUAAGCAAGCCCUUGCUCUUGGGUUCCUGACUCCUGAGCCGUUGCCCAUGUUAACAAAUAACAAUGUGGCCUUAAACUGCAGCUAUAGAUUUAUGAAGGUUUUGUAUAAUAAACCUUGCUUGUUGGUGGUACCUAUAAAAAAAUACACUUGUAAAUACAUAGUUUUGAGUUUGGUUGGGGAUUAUGCAUUUAUAAGAUAGGGCUGGAUAAAACUUAUUUA